AUGAAGUGUGUAUGGAAGAUAUUGAAGUAUUCGAUGAGGAAGGCAGAUGGAGUGUGUGGGAUGUCGAUGUGUGGAGUAAAUAUUGAGCUGUUUGGAGAGGUGGUUCAGCAUUCACGGUUUAGUUCACAGGGUGUUCGAAGACAGCAAUGGCUGCACAUAUAUGAGCAGAGCAAUCUGAUGCUUGAUGUUACAGUAUCUGAAUCAUGUAUAGAAGUGCGACUGCAUGUGAUAUCUGCAGUGAGGCACGAGAUUGUGCUACUUGAACGAGCAGGCUUUGAGAUGGAAUGCGAAAUUGAUGUAUGCAUGGAAAGGAAUAUGGUUUCAUGCAGGCAUUCAGGUAGACAAUUCAAAAUCAUGCUUGCUGAUGAGAAGGAGACACUGUCCUUUGAUCAGCAACUGGAGAUAACAUCACACAGGCACAGUACAAAGUACCGAUGCAAAGCCAUGCUUGAUGAGUUUGCUAAGAUGACCACAUAUUCAUUGGGCACGAUCCAGCCAUUCACAUGUGAUUAUUCUGGUGGAAGAGUACAAUCAAAACUAAGUGCGUUUAUGCAACAUGAGACACGUAGAGACAGAUUGAUCAAGCAGUUUUUAAUUCUGAUUUGCAAGGAAACCAACUCAAUCCAAAAAGAUCAUGUUUUCGCGAUGGAACCUAACUGA